CUACACUCACCGGCACCUUCUUCCUCUCAAUCUCUCUGUCAAAUGUUGAACAAUCUUGCACCGAUUCUACCUUCCAGGAAUGGCCAAAAGUUGGAUUGUUGAUGGUAGAGGUAUUGCAAGGAAGGUAAAGACUUCUAGUCUUCCUUUGGUACAUCAAAUCAAAGACUGUGGAGCAAACAGGGAAUGCCCGCAAUGCCAUUGCAGGAUUGAUAAUAGUGAUGUGUCCGUUGAGUGGCCUGGGCUCCCCGUUGGUGUGAAGUUUGAACCCACUGAUGUCGAGCUCUUAGAACAUCUGGCAGCCAAAUGUGGCGUUGGGAAUGAAAAGCCACACCAAUUCAUUGAUGAAUUCAUCCCUACACUUGAUGUAGACGAUGGAAUAUGCUACAAACAUCCUGAAAAUCUUCCAGGUGCUACAAAAGAUGGAAACAGUAUCCAUUUCUUUUAUAGGACCAAAAAUGCAUAUACUACCGGUCAAAGGAAACGUCGCAGGAUUUGCAACGAAUCUGGUUUGACAAAGGAUGUUCGCUGGCACAAAACUGGCAAGACAAAAGCUGUUAUGCAGAAUGGAGUUCAGAUCGGAUGCAAGAAGAUAAUGGUCCUUUAUGGGACUGCUGGUGGGGGUUCCAAGCCUUGUAAAUUGAACUGGGUCAUGCAUGAAUACUAUUUAGGAGCGAUUGAAGAUGAAAAGGAGGGUCAAUAUGUCGUCUCAAAGAUAUUCUAUCAGCCACAGAAACAGACCGAAAAGACUGAUAACCAUUUUCUGACUGAUGAAUUAGAUGCAUGGAUGACCCAAACUAGUCCAAGGACUCCAGAGACCGAUGCUCCUGAUCCAUGUAGGCCCGGAAAGUCUGUUUCUUGUGAAGAUGCCACCACUGACUAUAUUCUCCAAUCACCACAACAGGAAUCGGGUUGGAAUGUUGAGAAUAAAUACCUUCCUUCCUCUUCUAAUACUGGAAGGACGGGUAAUAUGGAGUUACCCAUUUGGGAAGACGACUCACAAGCGAUUGAUUUAGAUGCAUUUGAUGAUUCGUUGUUCUGCAAUGAGGAUUUUGAUGCUUACGCCCUUCUUGGUGACUCGAGGCCAAAUCAUGGACCGCAACCUGGCUCUACCAAUGAUACUUCAGGAACAACUAAAGGUGCAACUUCUGGAAUUGCUGAUCUUGAUAACCUGGACAUGGGUACUCCACCUGAUUUCAGCCUUGCUGACUUGCAGUUUUCAUCACAAGACAGCAUUUUUGGGUGGUUAGAGCGGUUAUAGAGGAUGAAACUGAUCUCAUUCGGUUAUUUUGUGCAAAUCCUGAAAAAGACUGAAGGUACGAUGCUAUGGACUUCUCUUUUGAAUUAACGGACGAUGAUGAUCAAGCGUCGUAAGGCUUCAGUUUUGUCAUUUGUUAUCUAUUAUGGCCUCAGAAUUCGUAUAAUAUGUAUUUGGUAAUUUGUGACUCAUGGAUCAAGGAUGUUUAUAGAAUGUUCAUUUUGGCAA